AUGGCAAUCCCUCCUAAGAUUUAUCAGGUCCGUAUUGGGGAUUUCGAGAUUGGUGUUGGUUCGCUUGCUCAUGUUUUUGCAGUUCCUGGUGGGCGUGUUUGCUUCUAUGGGAUCUAUUCUUUAUGGAUAUGAUCUGGGAGUUAUCGCUGAAGUGUGAGUCUCAACAAUCGAUUUCUUCUAGAGAUAAGACUGAAGCUUUUUCCAGUAUUGCAUCCGAAACUUUCGUAAGCUUUUUCAACGAACCUUCGUCGGUACAAACGUAAGCCACCUAAACUUCUGGGCGCGCUUCUGGUGCUGACAAUUCAAGUGGUAUGGUAGUAUCGUUCUUCACUGGCGGAGCUUUUUGUGGUGCUGCCUUGGCAGGUUCAGUGAGUGAAAGUGUAUAUUCGGAGUUUGUCUAUAUUUCUAAUGCAAAUAGAGUGGUGAUCGAUGGGGUCGUAGAUGGACUAUCUUGAUAGGAUGUAUUUUCUUCUUGAUCGGUGGAGCGCUUCGUAAGUCAGAAAGAUUCCCCCGAGCUUUCAGUAUACACUUGGCCAAUCUCCCUACUAUACCAAAUUCAAUACAUCCAGCGUAUACUUGUAUUUGUGGUUCUGUAUCAUAGACUGACAUAACUUAUUUAGAAACCGGUGCUCAAAAUAUCAACUACCUCUACGCUGGUCGUUGGCUAGCAGGUGUAGGUGUCGGAUUCCUCGUCAUGAUCAUCCCAUUAUACCAAGCCGAAAUCGCACACCCCUCCAUUCGAGGCACAAUCACAUCCCUUCAACAAUUCAUGCUGGGAAUCGGUGCCUUUCUGGCUGGCUGGAUCUCUUAUGGCACAUACAUCUCCAUCAAAACCAAUACUGCACAAUGGCGUAUCCCACUUGGACUUCAAAUCAUACCAGCGGUCAUCCUAGGCGCAUUGAUUUUCAUAUUCCCAGAAAGUCCUCGAGUAAGUCGUGAUAUUUUCAGAAACAAGUAUUAGUGCUAAUCAAAAGAUAGUGGCUCAUCGACAAUGGCCGCUCAGAAGAAGGCUUGAAAACCCUCGCUAGACUUCAUUCCAAUGGCAACGAGCACGAUCCUUGGGUCCGUGCGGAAUUUGAUCAGAUUCAAGAGAGCAUCAUUCACGAGCACCAAAACGAGGCAAAGUCUUAUACGGAAUUGUUCACCGAUAUGUCUUCUUUCAGACGUCUGUUUCUCUCCUGUGCUCUGGCUGCAUCGGUUCAAAUGACGGGUGUGUCGGCGAUUCAGUACUAUAGUGUUGACAUCUAUGGUCAAAUCGGUAUUCUUGGAUCGGAUGCUCUCAAGUACCAGGCUAUCAAUAAUAUCAUUGCCUUGGUUGGGGAGGCAUGCUGUGUUCUGUUUGUGGAUAAACUUGGAAGAAGGCGACCUUUGAUUGCGGGGAAUCUAUUCAACAUGGUAUGUUUAUUCCACUCUAUUCAUUGAAGACUUGCUGACUCAUGUCGUAGUUGACUUUCUUGAUCGCUUGUGUUUUGGUUGCCAAGUUUCCACCAGGAUCAACUGAUAGUAGAGCUGCAUCCUGGGGAUUCAUUGCCUGUACAUGGCUUUACAACUUCUCAUUCUCAGCUACUUGCGGUCCCUUGUCAUGGGUUAUCCCCGCUGAAAUCUUUGACACGAAAACACGUUCAAAAGGUGUAUCCAUCAACGUCAUGGUAUCCUUUGCAUUCAACACAAUGGUAAAACACUCCUGAUCCCCCUCCUCUCAUCCACCUCUUACAAUCAAAAAAUCACAAACCUAACACCCACCCACAGAUCGGACAAGUAACCCCCAUAGCAAUGACCAACAUCAAAUACCUAUACUACUUCGUCUUCAUCAUCUGCAACUUCACCAACGCCCUCUUCUUCUACCUCUUCCUCCCCGAAACCAAGGGUCUCCCACUCGAAGAAAUGAAUUAUCUAUUCACCAACGCGCCGUACCUCGUUGCGUUCACGGAUAAAUCCGCGUACCAGGCUGGGUAUGCGGAGGAGUUGGAGCGAAGGGCUUUGGAGAUACAGGAGAAGGGUGAGGUCAGGGAGGUGGAGAGAAGGGAGAAGAUGUAAGGUGGCUGUGGUUUGAUUUUGGGUUGAGGAUUGGUGGGUUGAUGUUGGGGAGUUUUUGUGAAUGAAUUGGGAGGUUUGAAUGAAAAGUUGGGGGCUUGAGGUACGUAUACGUACUUUGAUGUUGACAGAUUGGUUUGAUGCCCAGGUGGUUUUUCAUAGUAUAGUGAAUUGAAAG